AUGUCUGACAAAAUUAGUGCUGAAAAGCUUCUCAACAAUUUCGUGGAAACACUUGCCGAGAAGCAAAAAUCUGCAUCGUACUUUCAAGAUGUGACGGCAAACUCAAUGACCUCCCAGUUCAAUAGAUUGUUUGGACGUGAGAAACCUGUGCACCAUAUUUUAGGCGGUGGAAAAUCUGCUGAUGUCUUGUUAUGGAGGAACAAGAAGAUCUCUGCGAGCGUUUUAACCGCUGCAACAGCUAUAUGGGUGCUCUUUGAAUGGCUUAAUUAUAAUUUCCUAUCUCUUCUUUUCCUUGGUCUUGUUCUUGUCAUGUCUGUACAGUUUCUUUGGACAAAUGCUUCCGGCGUGUUUAACAGCAGGCCAUCUAAAGUUCCGCGUCUGGUUCUCCCGGAAGAUUUCUUUGUUAAUAUUGCAACUGCGGUCGGUGCUGAGAUUAACCGUGGUUUAAGGGUUCUUCAAAAUGUUUCAUGUGGAGGAAACUUGAAGCAAUUUAUUCUUGUUGUAGUAUGCUUAUGGGCUGGUGCUGUGAUCGGGGGCUGGUGCAACUUCUUGACUGUCAUCUAUAUCGGUUUUGUUGCUGCACACACGCUCCCGGUUCUCUAUGAAAGGUAUGACGAUCAGAUCGAUAACUUCGUGUACAAGGUACUUGAUCAGAUGCAAAAUCAGUAUAAGAAGGUGGAUUCUGGUUUGCUUAGCAAAAUCCCCAAGGGAAAUCUCAAAGGAAAGAAGUUUGAAUAG